UAAUAAUGUUACUCCAUUAUAUUGCCUUAUUCUUGCUAACACAAACAACUUGUAGUUCAUUAGACACUAUAGUUGUGUCUCAGAACAUUACAGAUGGUGACACCAUUGUUUCAAGAAACGGAAUAUUUGAGUUGGGUUUCUUUAGCCCAGGCACUUCGAUGAAACGGUACAUGGGGAUAUGGUUUAAGGAUACAUCACCUCAUAGAGUAAUAUGGGUUGCCAACCAGGAAAUUCCACUUAUUAAAACCAUGGGCAUGGUCAAACUGGAUCAGGAAGGGGUCCUGUCUGUUGUUAACGGCGGUAUUGUCAUUUGGUCAUCCAACUCCUCUGUAUCUAGGACAGAGGAUAAUCCCUUAGCACAACUGUUGGACACUGGGAAUUUGGUGAUACAGAGCGGAAAUAAUGUCCUUUGGCAAAGUUUUGAUUAUCCUGGAGAUACCUUCAUAUCAGGAAUGAAGUUGGGCAAAGACCUCGUGACAAGACGAGAGAUGCAACUAACGUCAUGGAGAAGUGCCGAUGAUCCUUCCCCAGCUUCACCGGCCUUACGUUGUCAAGUUAACAAUGGAGGCUGUUGGAAUAGAUCCAUAGAGGGCAAGAGCUACUCUGCUUGUAUUGAUGGCCAUACAAAUGGUUGCACGUGCCCACCGGGAUUUAAAGGAGACGGAGUUAUUAGUUGUGAAGAUAUUGACGAAUGCAUAGAGAAAACAGCAUGUCAAUGUUCCCAAUGCAAAUGCAAGAAUACGUGGGGAAGUUACGAAUGUAGCAUCACUGGCAAAAAGAAACGAGUAGUUGUUGCUUUGUCAAUAUCAGCUGGCUUGGCUAUGCUGGGCCUUAUAUCGGUGCUCUACAUUUGGAGUAACAGGAAGUGGAGAACAGAUACAGUAAGAGAAGGUAGAACAGUCAAAGUAUUACACAAAGAUCACAACAGUAGCAGUAAGAUUGGAAGUAUAGAGUUACCGGUGUUUAGCUUAUCAAGAAUUUCUAAAGCAACCGAUAACUUUUCAAUCGCCAACCAGCUAGGAGAAGGCGGGUUUGGUCCGGUGUACAAGGGUGUGCUAGAAAAAGGACUGGAGAUUGCUGUGAAGCGGCUCUCAAAGUCUUCGCGACAAGGAAUUGACGAAUUUGAAAAUGAAGUUAAAUGCAUUGCUAAACUCCAGCAUCGGAAUCUUGUGAAGCUCUUAGGAUACUGCAUUCAAUGCGAUGAGACAAUGCUGGUUUAUGAAUACAUGCAUAACAAAAGCCUGGACUGUUUUAUAUUUGAUGAUUUAAGGAAGUCGUUACUUGAUUGGCCACAACGCUUCCACAUCAUCAAUGGCAUUGCACGAGGUCUUCUUUAUCUGCAUCAAGAUUCACGGCUUAGAGUUGUCCAUAGAGAUUUGAAAGCGGGCAAUAUUUUGCUAGAUCAUGAGAUGAACCCAAAAAUCUCAGAUUUUGGCUUGGCAAGAAUGUUUAAAGGAGACGAGAGUGAAGCAAAUACCAAGAGAGUGGUGGGAACGUUGGGUUACAUAUCUCCAGAGUAUGCAGUAAACGGUCUCUUUUCAAUAAAGUCGGAUAUUUUUAGCUUCGGGGUUUUGGUGUUGGAAAUGGUAAGUGGGAAGAAAAAUACAAGUUUUUUUCAUGAAGACCACCAUGAUAACCUUCUUGGAUAUGCAUGGACACUUUACAAAAAAGGCAAGUCUCUUGAUCUGAUUGACGCAUCUUUAGUUGAAGCAUACUCGGUUUCUGAAGUGUUGCGAUCAGUACACAUUGGUCUAUUAUGUGUGCAACAACGAGCACAAGAUAGACCUACCACGCCAUCAGUGGUUUCCAUGUUGGGUGGUGAAGGUUCACUACCUUCACCUAAACCACCCGGAUUCUUUAUUCAAGGAAGUGAGAAGGGAUCAACCUCAAAUCUUCCUUUACCAUCAUCCAUCAAUGGAGUAACAUUAACUCAAGUAGAAGGUAGAUAGCCAGAAAAACUUAGAAAUGGAGUCAUAUUAGUACAUUUCAUAGUGUAUCUUUUUAUGAUACAUCUACAUUUUAUCAAAGAAAGAAAGCUACACUAGAUAUAUGAAUACAUUAACAAUCGAUAAGUUCAUUUAAGUGGUUAUAUAUCUUUAUAAAU